AUGGCAGCUCAAGUAUCAAAGAAAAUCUGCAGUUCAAUGAUUAUUGUAAUUCUAAUAACAAUGAUGUUUUCAAUUUCAGCACAAGUUUCUCAUUCCAACGCGUGUGUCAAAGAUUGUGUCGUAAACCAGUGCAUGAAAGCAUCAAAAAAAACGACUCCAGCCAUAUGUGAUAACCCUUGCAAGAUGCUAUGUGAUCCUAUCAACGGUGGGCAAUACAUUGUCUCUCCAGGUGAGAGUCCCAUUAAAAGGUUUUGCAGACAAUUUAGCUGGAUAUGUACCUAA